GCUAACAAGAUACGGAAAAUUUUUUUAAAUUAAAAACUCCCUGCUAAUUGCGCACAAUGACUUCGGAAAAUAAAGAAGAACUACACAAACGCAACUAUAACUCCAUCAAAGUUCUGUUUCGAGUAUCAUAUUCAUUGGGUGUAAAUUUAACUGCGCCUAAUAAAAUGAAGGAUGCAUUAAAAGUUAUCCAAGUUAUUUUGAUAGCAAGCAGCCUUCUCUCCCUGCUUGCCCACUGGUGGUAUCUCAAGCGGCAUAUAGACAGCAUACCACUUAUAGCUGAGACCGUUUUCACCGCUUUGCAAAUUGGCAUGGCCGCCAUUAAAAUGAUAUAUUUCUUCUUCACACAUCGUACAUUCUAUCGCCUCCUCGAUCAGGCUUUAACACAUGAAAUAAUACGCAAAAUAGAAAUACUUACUAGGUUUCCAAUAAAUCGGCAGUUGAAGCAAGAGAUCGAUGACAUAAUGAAACGAGUUUGGCGUAACACUCGUCAUCUAUUUUUAUUUUAUUUUUGUUGUUGUGUGGGUGUUAUUGCCAAUUACUUUUUUACAGCCUUCUUCGUGAAUCUCUAUCAUCAGCUGAGGCAAACACCCGAUUAUGAAUAUUUUCUGCCUGUUCCGGCACUCUACCCAUUUUGGGAAAAGAAGGGCAUGGCAUUUCCCUAUUAUCACAUACAAAUGUAUAUGACUUUUGCUGCACUUUAUGUUUCUGGCCUGGGUGCGGUGAGUUUCGAAGGAGUGUUUAUGGUGCUAUGUCAGCAUGCUGUUGCGUUGGUGAAGGUUCACAAUUUGUUGGUGCUACACGCCACCUCAUCACAGAUACCCGCAGAGAGGCGGCUUGAGUACCUGCGAUAUCUCAUAAUUACAUAUCGGCGCAUAAGCAAGUAUUUGCAAGAAAUCAAAACAAUUUUCAGACACAUCAGCUUGGUACAGUUCUUGCUAAGCUUGAUUGUAAUGGGCUUUGUUUUAUUCGAGAUUAGUUAUGGUUUGGAAUCCAGCAUAGUUAUCCUCAUACGUAUGAUAAUGUAUAUUUCGGCUUCAAUUUCUCAAAUCACUAUUUACUGUUACCAUGGUCAGGCAUUAACUUCUGCGUGCGAAAAAAUUCCAAUGGCUUAUUACAAUUGCGAUUGGUAUGGAGAGAACAAAGCAUUCAAGAACCUCAUAUUGAUGAUGAUUAUGCGUACAAAUAAACAGUUUUACAUGGAAGUAUCUUGGUUUACUCUGAUGAACUUGACCACUUUGAUUUCUCUACUGAGAGCGAGUGGUUCCUACUUUUUACUAUUGCAAAAUCUUCAAGAAGAUUAAUUUUGUUAUUGCACUUUACUCUCGAUCAGCAUUGUAAAUAAAAAUGUAUUAAAUAUUUAAAUAAAAACCUUAGAGCAUAAACUAGAG